AUGAGGCAUGAUGAGGGGAGGGAUGAUGAGGGGAGGGAUGAUGAGGGGAGGGAUGAUGAGGGGAGGGAUGAUGAGGGGAGGGAUGAUGAGGGGAGGGAUGAUGAGGGGAGGGAUGAUGAGGGGAGGGAUGAUGAGGGGAGGGAUGAUGAGGGGAGGGAUGAUGAGGGGAGGGAUGAUGAGGGGAGGGAUGAUGAGGGGAGGGAUGAUGAGGGGAGGGAUGAUGAGGGGAGGGAUGAUGAGGGGAGGGAUGAUGAGGGGAGGGAUGAUGAGCCGUGCCCUCCGCUCACCAUCUCUUCCCCACCAGCAGCAGAACAUCUGAUGUGGCUUCAACUGCAAAUGCCAGUAUGCUCCUUCUCUUUCACCAACACCCUCUCGCUCAUCUGCCUCCCCCCCACUCACCAUCUCUUCCCCACCAGUAACAGAACAUCUGAUGUGGCUUCUACUGCAAACGCCACCUGCUGCUAA